AUGAUGCGACGAAGCCAACUCACGGCAUCGCCCCCGGCGCAGGCCUCCUUCUCUCCGCCCGUGUCGCCCACCGUCACCCACCUCUCGUCCAGAAGCCACACGCCCUCGUACCAUACUUCUCCCGCCGACGACCCGCCAGCUGAGGCUCCGCCCCGGUCCUCCAGCCCGCCCAGGUCGCCCUCUCCCCGCGCUCCCAAACACCAGACGUCGACCAUGGGCACUCGGCCUGGCCCCUCGCACGACGCUGCCCAUGGCCAGCGCCCCCAGAUGCCCUCGGCCUCCAUGUCUGCCCCCGCCGGCCGCCUGCCUCGCCUGCUCCCCGCCGACCUCUCGUCCUACACCGACUCAUACCUGCCCACGGCCGCCAUCCCCCCCUCGGCCACGUCGCUCGCUGAGCUCGCCCACCUGAUCCGCCUCCAGGGCUACCAGGAACAGCGCAAGGCCCACUCGCGCGUCCGCCUGCACCGAUGGCUCGUCUCCAGCGCCCUCUCCGCCCGUCUGGUACACUGCGGAGAGCUGGCCUACCGCACCCUCGUAGACAACUUCCGCUCCGACGACAAAAAGGCCUUUUCGUCGCUCUACAAUGCCCUCAACGACGUCCGCAACUCGUGCGACGCCACGAGGCAGUAUGCCCUGCUGGAGCCCGACCUGGAGUUUGGCAAGUCCAAGAGCAUGAGGUCGGAGAAGCCCCUCUCCGCCUCGACUUUUCUUAGCGAGGUCCCGUCCAAGAUUCUGGAUGACCUUCUUGAUUUCAUUUCCGAGAUUCGCACAAACCCCGAAUUUCUUGCUACUCGCAUUUCUAGUCUUUCGCAGCAGGAGCUGGCUGCCCUUACUUCUUUCCGCCAGGCCAUGGACCCCAUUGACUCCGUCAUGGCUAUGCAGGCCCGUGGCCGCAACGUCGGCUCCCAGCGCGCCCAGCAGCAGGGCGCCAAUCCCAUAGAGCGCCUUUUGUCCUUUCAACGCCACGAUCCGCUGGCCGCCCUCAUCUACACCAUCUUUGCCAACUCAUCUGGCCCAGACUCGGCCGAGGACCUCCGCCGCACCGACGUGUGGGCCACCGUUUGCGCCAAGCUCAUCAAGGAUACCAAAAUCAGCCACAACUUUAUUCGGACCAUACUCGACGUCUGGGCAGGCAUGCGCGAAUGGCCUGGCAAGGCAAACUUGGAGCUCUACCUGAUGCAGACCCUCCAGGACGGCCAGUUCCUGCUCGAAAAGGCCGAGGAGUCGGGCGUACGAUCCGGAGCACAGCCAGUCCCGAGGAGCACCAAGGACACCAUCGCGGCUGACGAGUUCUUUGACAAGGCCGUCAAGCGUCUUUUUGAGGUUGUCGACGAUGAGCCCAGUGCUGGUGGCAUACCAGAAGGCGUCCUGGAAAUUGGAAACGCCAUCCUCCGCAAGCUGAAUGAGGAGAACGAGCGAGGUGCCCGCAAGGCAUCGCAGAAUUUCUUUACGCAUGGAAUCAUGAUCGGCCAUCACAUUAGCGAGCAUGCGCGUCAAAAGAUUCUCAAGGAGAUUGCCAUUCGAGCGCAAAAGCAGGUGCUUGACAUGACAUACAACUGGAAACAGCAGAUUCCCGUUCUUCCCGAGAUUCGCACCCACAUUGAGAACAUUUUGGCCCGGUUCAAGCACACCAAGACUCCCUCCAAGCCCAUUUUGCUUCCUGCCAAAGCUAUUACUUCGCCCAGGGAGACUGUCGAAGUGCAGCCCUUCAUUGUCCUCUCUCCCGCCGACAUUGUCACCUUGGUCAACGCCCUCUUCCCAGAGCGUCGCCCCUCAUCUAGCCACAUGGACAACGACAGCCAGCGCCGUGCUGGCCUCGCGUCAUCCGCGUCAUCCAUGUCUGGCAUGUCUGUCCCCUUCCGCAACAAUGGUGCUUCCAUGACCGAUGCAAGCUCUAUUCUUAGUGCCAGUGCCUCAUCCAUGACGAGUGAUCAGACUUCGCGCGAGCCACUUUUGGACAGCAACUCAACUUCGACAGAACAGCAGCCUGAUGUCAAGCCGGCCCCAACAGAGCUUUACGGCAAGCGUCUGCGCAUGUCAUGCUCUGAAAUGACUCGCAUUCUUGGCGCUGAUGCGACAUCUGGCUCCUGCCAUCCCUGUGCGGAGCGAUGGGCUGUACUGUACAUCUCGGCCGAUGGCAAGCAGCUCAAACCGCGCAUGCGCAAAGACUUUGAUGACGAAGAUGAACACGACGAAGACUCUCCAGACAGCGACAGCAGCGAUGACGAGGGUACUGCUGACCGGUUCGACCUUGGCCACGACUACCACCAGCUGAAAGAGGCGAUUGUGAAGCUGGUAGAAGACUACGAAAUCCCCAAGGAACUAGCACCGGACAGCGAAUCGAAGAAUUUCAGCAACCGCAUGACGACGCGCAGAAGUGCACGUGGUCGAGGUCCGGUUCGACAUGCGAGUGACAGUCUCGGAUCACGCAACCCAUACAACUCAACCCAGAGUCACAGCCAGCUGACCAACAUGAUUGCAAGUCAGCGAAACGGCUCAUCUCGUCGCUCUCCUCAGAUCCCCAGGAGCCAUAGCAACCCGCAAACUGGUGAGAAGCAGGAGAAUUCCUCUGUGCUCGUUACAAUGCUGGAGACAGCAAUGUACCAAUGCCAGGCACGAUCGGAUUUUGUCAAUGCGCACAUGUACUACAAGACGCUGCAGAGUCUACGGAGACUCAGCUCCCCUACGCUGGUCAAGAACGGAUACGCUGCUCUUCUCAACUACUUCUCUCGUGGCCCAAGGGAUCUGCUCAGCAAAGCAGCAAACGCCAUUGAAGAGUUUGAGGCCUGGUUUGUGUGGCUCAAGCAGUCGCAGGAGAGGUCGGACGGCAUGGUGAAUGAGAUGAUGCUUUCGUUCAAGAACCUGCGAGACAAGAUGUGGUACAUCACCGAUGUCCGCACGUCCAAGCCGUACGAGGAUGCCAGGAAUGUGGCACUUGCCCUCAAAAUCAUGGACCAGCAAGCAAAGACAUUCAAUUCCAAGGGCGCUUCUGGAUCACGAUCUCGCAACGCCAACAGCUUCUUGCGACAGAAUGAAGCUCAACUGGUUGAUCUCAUGUCGGCCUCGCCAGACUUUGGCGGACCCAACAAGCUCUCGGACGAGCAGUCGGAGAUUACCUUGAAGUGGCUCAUGCAGUACGGCGUUGAGAACUUUUGCAAGGGUGAGGAGCGCAUCCACCGCUUCUGCCUCGAGGUCGACAAAUGUGUUACCAAGGUCAUUGGCGAGGGCCUCCUGGACGGACCCGUGCUUUGGGCCAGUGAGCUGUACAAACGCGACCAACAGAUUCUCGAGAGCGGACAACAGAAAGGCGACCUCUUUUUGACUGGCGUCGGCACCCUCUCCAUUGCUGGUGACGAAGAGUACGAGACGCAUGGCCGGCCCAGUAACCGCAACCCUGACUUUUCGCAACGCACAAGCCACGGCAGUCUACGGUCUGCCGCUAACCGCAACGUUUCAUCAAGCUUUGAACAGAGCCCGUGGGGCAGAAACCCCAUGGACUCGCCAGACUACUUUGGUGCAUCGUCACCCGUCCUCUCCAUCGACCCAAUGGCUACCUUCUGGUCGCCAUUCCAGACACAAGCGCAAUCACCCACGAAUGCAACGAGCAUUCGUCCACGAACAGCCUCGUCUUCCAAGGGUACCGUCAUGCUGAAGCAGUCGGCCACUGUCAACGAAGACAAGCGUCGCUUCAUGCUCGACUUGAAGCAGACGCUCACGGGUCUCUUGCUGAGCGACCUUGGCACCAUGGUGUUUGCCAAUGGUAGCGAGACGGACUCGUGGUUCGGCGGCGACCUGCUCGACGACUGCAUCGAGCGCCGAGACGAAGAGGAACGCAAGCGCAGAAACAAGCUGGCCAAGAAGAAGAGCUCGAAGAACAUUCGAAAGCAGACUCCCGACCAACGCAGCCUGCCCCUCGAGGCGCUUGGCCGAACCGAGCGCAGCACAGCUGCUCCUCCCGUUGCAACCUUCCAGCAUGUUGCAGCUUCGGAUGCUCACCAAUCAGCUGGCGAGCAUUCGUCGGCCUCAAGUGAUGCUACUUCGCGGUCAGGCGGUAACGCCACUGCCAAGAAAGCCGGGCUGUUGGAAUUCCCCUACAAUGUUGCAUUCCAGCGCCUGCUCAACAGGUUCCAGACACACCCUAACCCCUUCUCCAAACUACAUGCCCUGUAUGAACUAGAGUUACUCAUCAUCGCUUCGCUGUCAUCUCGGACCGGCCGCUUCUACAACAACAACAACAACAAUAACAACAACAGCCGCCGAGACACACUCCCCCCUGUCCCCCAGUCGCCUACCCUAGGCGCCAUGCCUGAACUCAGCUCGCGCGAGCCAGCAACGCAGACUUCGCGCGCACACAACCUCGAAGAGGCAAUUGCCAACUGCGAAGAGCGUCGCUCUCAAAGCAUGAAUGUCGACCGCGUCAGCAACGAGUCGCCUUUGCCUCGCACUGGUGCUCGCUCUCCGGUCGGACCGCCAAGCACGGACAUGAUUGUAGAGGUCAUCCAAGGUCUCCUGCGAGACUCCAACAUUCGCCCCAAGACUCUGUUCCGAGACUUGCAAUACAUUGCUUCGUUUGUGCCUGCGCAGAUGCUUGACAAGACUGCGCGCGGCAAAGCAUUCUGGGACGUUGGUCUCGCUGCUCUCGGCCUGAAGCAAGAUGUCUGCCGCAUCAUGGUCGAGCUCGUGGAUGAAGUCAUCACGCAGAACUCGAAGCGCGAUGCAGGCAAGGCCAACCUGAGCGGCUCGUCUGAGAAGCAGUUGCUGCCUGCCCUGGGUGAUGAGCCCCUUUCCAAGUACACCAUGGAGGAUGCAGGACGCAUGCUUCUCAUCACGGCCAAGGAAGGCGACUCGGUUGCCGAGCGUGAACUUGCCAUUUUCUACCUCACCUCACCUGAGCUGAUCCACCGCACCGUACUGCCGCUUACCAAGCCCAGUGAGGUGUUUAAGACUGAACUUCUCAACCGCGAGCGAAGGGCCUCGCAAGACCCUGCGCGCAGUGACCCCAUGACCAUGUGUGUGGCGCAACACUGGAUGGAGCAAUCCAUGAAGGGUGGCGACCAGCUUGCCGCCAAGUACCUGCGCCAGCGUAGCGAGCUGGAGAACAUCAACCCGACCAGGGCAUAGUAUGUCUUUUUCCCCCCGCAUUUGGUGUUCGACUCUCUGCAUUGAUACCCGACCAUGUCAUCAGCCGUUACUUCGUAUUUGUGUUGCGCACACAUUGUUAUGAUGGCCCCUCAGAGGACGAAAGGCCCCACCACCAUUCUGCAUAGCGAGGAGUUUUUUUUUCUCUCUAUACCGUUGUUUCUUGUCCUCUUUAUUGUUUCUUCUUCAUCUUCUUUCCUCUAUUUAUUAUUCUAUGUCCAGCAAGCAUGAUUCCCCCUGAUGCCUAUCUAUCUCGCGAGCCGUUAUUGAUGCCUUGCCCGUGGUUGAGUUGAAACCUUUUUUUCACCUACGUACCUUUUUUAACUCUUCUCUUCUCCAAC